AGUAUCCAGUUGAGGAUACGUUGAUUAUUAUAGUAAUGCUUUGUAACAAUGCAGCACGAGCAUCUGAACAGUAGCGCUUCGCUUCUUCUACGAAGCGUGAGGGCACAUCAUCGUGUUAAUUGCACUCCGCCGGCAAUUGAAGACUUUCCACAUGACCUCUUCGACGAAAAACAAAGGCAAAGCGGAGCCGUCAUUGUUCAUAUCAUCGUAUCUCUUUACCUCUUUAUAGCAUUAGCAGUAGUAUGUGAUAAGUUUUUCGUACCUGCCGUAGAAAAAAUAUGCCAUGCACUUUCGAUGUCGAAAGACGUGGCCGGUGCUACGUUUAUGGCGGCAGCUACAUCAGCACCGGAAUUAUUCGUCAACGCAAUCGGAACCUUCAUCACAGAAGGAGACAUUGGCGUCGGCACGAUAGUAGGGUCUGCAGUAUUCAACAUCUUAGCAGUUCCGGCUUGUUGCGGGAUUGGUGCUGGGAUGGUGGUACCGCUUGAUUGGUGGCCCGUCAGCAGAGACUGUCUAGCAUACGGUGUAACCGUCGCUAUUUUAAUCUGCAUCAUACAUGAUGAGCGAAUUGAAUGGUAUGAAGCAUUGACCUUGGUACUGCUUUACAUCGUAUACAUCGCUGUAAUGUACUGGGACAAAUCUUUCCAGAAGUGUGCCAGAUUUGGCGCAAAGAAAUGCGAAUUGUCUACUGAAGACUCUUCUGUGCGAACAGUUGACGCCGGAGAUAUUCACUUAUCAAGAUCUGAUAAAAUGCAAUCGUCCACCGAUCGUGUAGAGCAAAUUGCAACAAUAGACGUGCCUCUGCAAAAUGGUGGCACCAAGACGCAAGAAGAAAACCACGAGGCUGAAUACGAAUAUAAAUUGCUGGUUUGGCCAGCUCGAGGUGGUUGGAUUCGAAAGACUGCAUGGAUACUUACCUGGCCGAUUCACUUGGUAUUCAUGUGUACUAUACCGAAUUGUGAGAAACCACGUUUUAAAAAUUGGUUUCCAGUUACGUUUCUCAUGUGUAUUAUCUGGAUCGGUUCGCUAAGCUAUAUCGUCGCGUGGAUGAUAACGAUUAUAGGAGAUACGCUCAAAAUCCCGGAUUCCGUAAUGGGCAUCACAUUCCUGGCUGCAGGAACUAGUGUACCAGAAGCAGUUUCAAGUGUGAUUGUUGCAAAACAAGGUCACGGUUCCAUGGGCAUCAGUAAUUCGAUCGGUUCGAACACUUUUGACAUUCUCCUCUGUUUGGGAUUGCCAUGGUUGAUCAAAUCAUCUUUUUCACCAACCCAGCCUGGAAAACACUACAUCAGUAUAAAUUCUGGGGGCCUUGAGUACAGCGCAAUUUCCUUAUUAUCGACGCUAUUGCUGUUGUACAUUGCCUUCGCUUCGAAUAAAUUUCAACUCGAUCAAAAAGUAGGCCGGGCCUGUUUGUGCAUGUACGCGGUCUUCCUGAUCCUGGCCUCUCUGAUAGAGCUUAACGUAUUCUUUAGGGUGAAUCUUCCCACUUGUCAGAGGACGGUCAAGUGAUGCGUCAUCCGGCCGGCUAUGCCGUUCCCAGUAAUCGUCCCGGCGAUCAUCAGUUGUCUCACAUUUUACCGGAAACUCAGUAACAUCAUUCAUCGAAUUCCUUCGUGUAUAGAUGAUGCCUCACGUCGAUCGGGCUUUCGAAAAAACACAGAGCAGGGUUGUGGAAUUUUUCAUUUUUACCAACGAACAUAUUCAGAAAAUCCAGGCAUAAAUAAAUUAUCAAUUAAAAUUGCAUCCUUAAAAAUCAGAGCUAGCAACAAAGUAACUGUCAUUAUCAAUAUUGAAAUAGUAUAUUGUGUAUCGAGGGCUAUUAGUUGGCAAUUCUCACGAGUGAGUCAAAUCACCCGAAUAGGGAUUUUCAACUCUUCGAUUACAAAACACACGAUAUUUUUUGUUCAGCUUCUUGAUAAGUGCCGCACUUCAUUACUGUGAUGCGAAGGCAAAGUUGUACUUUUCCAUGCGUUACGUCACCGGGCAGAAAAGU